AUGUCACCCAAAAUGACAACCACAUGUGAGGAAACGUUAGAGGGACUUGUGCAGGCGUGGCGAGAAGAAUCAUCGAGCGAGAACGUGAACGGUCAGCGAGAAAACCCCUCCACUGUGAACCAUCCAGCCUGGGCCAAUCUUCGGGCCAAGUCGCAACUGCUUCUGGGCUCUAUGCUUGCUGUCUCACUGCUGCUGGUGAUGAUGGUGAUUGCUGUCAGCGUCUCCUCCUCUGCAUCUCUACAGCCAUUCGGGCCUACACAGAGGGGCAUGGGGUCAACGCAGCAGCAUGGGGUGGCACGAGUUGCUGGGAUGGUGGUACGUGGUCUCUUGGAAACGGGGAGAGCUGGGAGGCGGGGGCUUCAGGAGCCGUUGGGUGGCUCGGGCAUGGGAGACGAGUCAAACGCCGGUGCUACCAGCAGCAGCAGCAGCAGCAACAGCAGUAACUUGUAUCCUGCUGGUAACCCUGAUCGGCCUGAGGGUGCUGCUACCAGCACUAGCGCUGGUAACGAUUCAAGGGGUGAUGGCAGCAGCAGUACUGCGGAAACCAGUAUUAUUAGUCCUGAUGGCAGCAACACAGGAGCUGGUAAUACCAGGGGACGCACCAGCAUCACGCCUGCAGGCAAUAGCGCUGUUGCUGGUAACAGCACUGGAGGUGUUAACAGCACUGGAGCUGGUAACAGCACUGGAGCUCGUAACAGCACUGGAGCUGGUAACUUUACUAGAACCAGUAACGCCACAGCUCCCAGCAGCAGCACAACGCCUGGGGGGAACAGCAGUGCUGCUAGCAAUGGCACGGAGGGGGGGGUGUUGCAGAACGUCACUGGGGCUGCUGGCCAUGGCACGGAGGGGGGUGCGGUGCGGUACUUCACGGUGGGGCAGGAGGCGUUCGUGUGGGGUUCUCCUCUCGUCACCUUCUUCCGCCAGCAGGCCACCCGUGCUGCCCUCAACGCCUUCUCCUACGCCAACACCACCGCUGUUGUCGGCACCACCAAUGUGGCUCUCCCCAAUGUGGACACGGUGUAUGGAGGGGCCUUCCUCUACCUGCGAGACCAACCGAUGGUGCUGAGAACCCCCUACAUGGGCCAAGGCCGUUAUUACAGCGUCGGGUUCUUCCAGACCUAUUACUCGGAUUUCAGUGUGAACGGCAGCCGAGCCAACGGGCCAGGCCCCAACACGUUCACUCUAGUCGGGCCCAACUGGGCCGGAGAGCUGCCUGGUGACCUUGCACCUACAGUCAUACGGUCGCCCACCAAUGACGCUCUCCUGCUGAUGCGAGUGGUCGUGUCCGCAAAUGUCUCCAACGACCUUGCUACAGUGCUCGACCUCUACAGUCAAGUCUCGCUACAGUCACUCUCAGAGGCGCUAGGCGGGCCUGCAGUUGCGCCCCUCCCCAAUCCGCCCCUCCCCAGCUCCAACCUCUCCGAAGCCCUCCAGCGCAUGACUCUUAUUGGUGAGGGCCUUCAGCGGGACCCACCUGCCAAUAACAGCGCCAACAACCGCGUCGUGCGCAUGCUCGCCUCCAUCAACGUCACCCAGCAGCACGGUUUCGACCCCUACAGCGUUACACAGCAGCAGGCAGCAGCACUAGAGGCAGCGAGAGUGGUGACAGACCAGGCACUGAGCACCGCCAAUCAAAUCAUUCAGAUCAACGAAUCGCUCAUUCAGUCGGACGAUUUCUGGUCCUCAUCACUCAACUGGCUGGGUCACGACUAUGAUCGCGAGUUCUUCUAUCGCGCCACCUUCACCUCUGCUGGGGGCAUUGGCGCACUGCCCGCCACUGAAGUCGUCUACUUCCUCACCUUCCUCGCCCAGGCCGUUCCAACGCUGCAAGGCCUGUUUCCUGGCAACCCAGCAACACCAACUCCCUUGUCAGGAUCACCCUUGUCAACCCCUCUCAACACCACCACUCCAUCCAACACCACCACACCAUUCAACACCACCCAGACUUCUCCCGAACCUCCCAGCCUCCCCUCGCUGCCUCCCUUCCGCCGCUUCCCCCCCUUCGUCCCCCUCGAAGGCCCCCUCUGCUUCCGCCUGCGCCUCACCCCUCCUCCGGUCGACUCCUUCUGGUCGGUCACGGUUUACAACAGCACCUCUCUAAACCUCCUGGAGGGAGUCACCAAGUAUGGCGUGGGUGAUAGAACUCCGGGCCUCCUGUACAACCCAGAUGGCACUCUCACCAUCUACAUUCAACCCACUUCGCCCGGCCAAUCGCUCGGAGUCAACUGGAUUCCUACUGUUAACUCGACAAGGAGUGAAGUGGUGCUGCGAGCGUACGGCCCCUCACAGCUCAUUCUCAACGGCACAUACCGCCCGCAGCCAGUACAGCUCUUCCCUCCCAGCCCCACGUGCCAAGGGGAGCAGCAGCAGGGCGGUGUCACUCUCACAGCACCACCAGCAGGGCAGCAGGAGGCCAAUCGUACUCUCAUAAACCCUGUUUCCUAG